AUGGUGGCGAUGGGCGUGGACGAGGACGAAGAGCGGCGGCUGGAUGAGCGGCCCAUGCACCAGGGCUGCAUGGCGGGGUUCCUCCACCUGUUCGACCGCCCCCAGAUCCUCUCCGGCCGCCGCCUCCACAACUCGCAGCGCCGCCUCACGUCGUUCUCCAGUGGCUCGGCGACGCCAUCCGAGCGGUCGAUGCCGCUGGAGCGCGCGACGCCGGCGCCAUCGUCGCCGGACAUGACGCCGCCGGCCGCGCCGCGGCCGUCGCUGCAGCUCCCGCCGAUGGACCUCAAGGACGGAGGCGGAGGCGGAGGCGGUGGCGGUGGUUACGGCGCCGCGCGGUCGUGGAGGUUGCCGCGGCUCUCGCUGGACAGCCGCGCGGUGGUUGACGCCAGGGGCAAGCUCCGGCCGCGCGAGAUCCGGACCUCGCCCGUCGCCGGCGCGCCGCCGUCUCCGUCCGCGGGGGGAGGCGACGAGCGCCGGUCCCCGAGCGUGGUCGCGCGGCUCAUGGGCCUCGACGCGCUCCCGCACGGCCACCAGGCGGCGGACGUCGAGUGCGGGCCGCACGGGCACGGCAGCGGCGCGGCGAGCCCGGCCGCGCUCCGGCGGUCCGCGUCCGAGCGCGUGCCGCGGGACCCGUCGCAGUUCCGCUUCGUCGACCCGUCCUUCUUCGAGAGGCCGGCGGCGUCGCCGCUAACGCUGCCGCCGCACCGGCCGUCGCCGGCGUCGUUCCCGACGGCCGAGGAGGCGGCGGCAAUGCGGCGGGUGCCGGAUCCGGCCGUCGUCCCGCGCGUGUUCCAGAGGCGCAGCCGCUUCGACGCGCACGAUGUGUUCCCGGAGCCCGCGAAACAGCGCGCGGACCAGGCGUCCGGCGGCGCCGCCCAUGGCGAGAUCGCGCUCUACGGCGAGAUCGAGCGGCGCCUCCGCAAGCGCGGCAUCGCGGAGCCCGCGCGGGAUCUCGAGACGCUGAAGCAGAUACUGGAGGCGCUGCAGCUCAAAGGGCUCCUCCACCACACCCCUCCUCCGGCGCCUGCGCAGGCACGCACCCAUCCGCCACCCAUCGUCGUCAUGCGCCCGUCGAGUCGCGCGCCGCCGCAGAUGUCGCCGCCGGCGCGGCUGACGCCCGCGCGCCGGCUUCGCGUGGACGUCGACCGCGCGCGCCGCCCGCGCUCGCCGGACCUGGCAGCGUCUCCCGCACGUAGCCCGGCCUCCCCGGCUCGGCGUGGCUCGCUGUCCCCCCAGCUGCGCGUCUCGCCGGCGCAGUCCCCGAAGCAGCAGCAGAGUCCUUUCAGGAAGCCAAGCGGCUUCGACUCCGCCGGUGCCCACUCCCGCAUAGCCCGCCGCGCGGCGCACAACGCAGCUGCCCUGUCCCCCGACGACGAGGCCUCCACCACAUUCUCCGACGGCGGAAGCAGCAGCUCCUUGAGCGCCUCCUCCCGCUGGGACUUCGAGCCGCAGCCGGACCCCAGGACGGACCGCGGCCUGCUGGAGCGGUGCGGGAAGCUGCUGAGCAGCAUCCAGGCGUUCACCGGCGGCGACGCGGCGGGGACCGACCAGCAGCCCAGCCCCGUGUCCGUGCUCGACGCGGCUGCCUUCCUCGCGGACGAGGACUCGCCGUCAUCGUCGUCGCGGUCAAAACGAGCCAUCGACUUCCGCACCAGCAGCGUAAGCCGCCCAAAGCCGGCGGCCGCCAUGGUGUCCGACCCAGAGGAUGACGAGUGGGCCCCGUCGUCAUGGUCCGUUGACCCGGAGGCUUGUAGCAGCGACCCGGACUACGCGUACGUGGCGGAGCUCGUCCGGCUGCUCGGUGGCGCCCGCCGAACGCGGGACCCGGCCGACGCAUACCGGGCCGCGGAGCAGCGCAGGCGCCAGCGUGGAAACGGCGAGCCCGACACGUGGCACCACCGGAGGCUGCUGUGCGGCGCGGUGGCCGAGGCCCUGGAGCGGCAGCGGGCGGCGUGCCCCUGGGAGCCCGCCGCGUGGCUCCGCGGCGCCGAGCUCGUGGCCCACGCCUGGGCCGAGGUCCAGCGCGCCGGCGAGCCCGUCGUGGCGCGCGCCGCGGGGGAGGACGCGGACCUCAACGACGUCACCUGUAGCGCGAUCCGGCGCGACCUGGCCGCGGACAGCUGCGGCCCGUGGGGGUCGCUGCAGCAGGGUCAGCGGCAGCGGCACGGCGCGGAGGUCGCCGACGCGGUGCUGCAGAUCGAGCGGCUGGUGUUCAAGGACCUGGUCGCGGACACCAUCCGGGAGCUUGCUGACGCGGACCGGCCCCUGCCACGCCGGAAGCUGGUGUUCUGA